AUGCCAAAAAACAAAGGAAAAGGAGGAAAAAACCGUCGCCGAGGCAAAAAUGAAAAUGAGGCGGAAAAACGGGAACUUGUCUUUAAAGAUGAUGGACAGGAGUAUGCUCAAGUGACAAAAAUGCUUGGGAAUGGGCGUUUGGAAGCAAUGUGUUUUGAUGGAGAAAAAAGACUUGCGCAUAUACGCGGAAAAUUGCGGAAAAAAGUAUGGAUUAACCAAGGAGAUGUGAUUUUACUGUCAUUGAGAGAGUAUCAGGACAAGAAAGCAGAUGUAAUUCUAAAAUAUACAGCAGAUGAAGCACGAGAUCUGAAGAAUUAUGGAGAACUUCCAGAAAACAGUAGGUGCAUGUAUAAGUUGGAUUUAGCUAACGAGACAGCAAAAAUUAAUGAAACAGAUACAUUUGGGGGAGAAGGCGAGGACGAGUGUAAUUUCGAGUUUGACAAUGUGGAUAUUGAUGAUAUCUGA